AUGACCAAGUGGUUAUCCUCCUUCUUCCUGACUACCACCGACACGAGCGAGGACUCGGAAACGGAGGAGGAGUUUCUUGGCGAUUGUUCGAUUCGAUCCGCGAGCGUCUUGAUGAAUGGGAUUCACGACGACGAUUCCCAGAUUGUUCACAUUCGAAGGAUUAUCGAAGAAGAAGAAGAAGAGGACGAGUUAGUGGUCGAUUUGGAAGCAGUGAUGGAAGAAACACCUCACUCGUCGCCAACGGACGACAGACUCGUGGUUAGCAUGAACGGCAAGCCACCGACUGUUGAGUCCAGCAAGAAGAAGAACAAGAAGAAGAGGACCACCCAGAAGCAACCCAGCAUGGAAUACGAUAUCGAAGCCCACGUCACCACCACCACCACGCAAAAAAGAAGAAGAAGCGUCCAUAGCUUGACCGCGGGAGACUGGACUUUGCUAAAGGACAACUACGACAACUUUACUCACGACCUCAUGGUUCGCGUGGGAAUAUGCAUCUUUGUCCCCAUCGUCGUCAUUCGUCCUGAUUCUCAUCUUGGGUCACUCGAGGGUGAUGUGAAGGCCCCCAAAAGCCGAUUGGCUUUUUUUUUUUUUCUUUGGCCCCCCGCGGGGGUUUUUAAGUUGACGCGUCAGUUAGGGAGCCCUCUUGAGGGCUCCCUCCAGAACUCUAUCUUUCUCUUCCUACCCUCCAAUGAAACCAUUCCAAGCGACCCAUAUCUUUACUAUCAGGGCAGCCGUUUUAAUCGGGUCGCAUCUCAGAUGACAAAAGGGGAAUUUCUUCCUCCUCCCAAGGGACUUCUGCUACAGCUCAUUACAAAGCUAGCUUUGUUCAGAAGCCAUCGCGGUACUCGUUGUACAUGGCGUCUUCUGAACAGUCGGGGCAAGUGUCUUUCUUCCCUUUCCUCUGUACUUUUAUCUCUUUAG